AGAGAUAGUGAUUGGCAGACGCCGCUUAUAUUGACUGCUGGGAAGGGGUACGACGCCGCUGUCAAGCUGUUGCUUGAAAAUGGUGCUGAUGUCGGGGCAAGAGAUGGAGAUGAGUCGACGCCGCUUUUACGGGCUGCUGAGAGUGGGCAUAAGGCUGUUGUUAAAUUGCUGCUUGAGAAGGACGCUGAUACUGAAGAGAAAAAUAAUAACGGGGAGACGCCGCUUUUCAAGGCUGCUGAGAAGGGGCAUGAGGCUGUUGUUAAGUUACUGAUUGAGACUGGUGCUGAUGUUGAGGCGAAAGACAAUGACGGGCAAACGCCGCUUCUCAAGGCUGCUGCGAUGAUGCGUAAGGCUGUUGUUAAGCUGCUGAUU